AGCGACGCUCGCGAGUCACAACAGCUGUCCUCCAGGCUUGCCUUUGUUUGGGAGUCCUUAAAAAAAAAAAGCCCCAGGGCCUCCCUGGGCGCACUCCAUGACCGGGUGCCCCAUGACUGAGAAGACAGAGGAUAAUUUGACCUCCCCCAAGGAAGGAGAUGGAAAAGAUAAUGGUAAAAUACCAGAUGUUCAUUUGCCAGAUAUAGUAAAGAGAAAAGAAAAAGACAAAUAUGAAAAAGAAGCUGAAAAAGCAGAGCAGCGUUCAGAAAACACAUGUCCCAGGAGACCACAUGUUACGUAUGCCAAAUUCAUAAGAACUAAUGCAAGAUUCUAUAAUGAGCCGGUGAGCUACAUAGAACACCUGAAUAUGGGAGAUGAGCAGGAGGAUUGGUGGUCACAUGAAGAAAUACUGAACCAUCACUAUGUUCCACCUUAUGACUCCCAGAGUACCCAAAGAAGUGAUUUCAAAAUACCAGCAUGUCAGUUGGUUUUACCAAACAGAUACUGCAGGAAACAAAAGCCUGCUUGUGGCAUAGUUCCAUUAGCAAUUUCAGAUUCAGUACCAGUAAUCGAAAAAAAAGUUUCACAUCGUUUUCCAUUUAUAUAUCAGUUCAGAAAACAAUUGCCACCAAAGCAUCAUGGAGCUUUUCUUCAGACAGAUACAAAAUCAUCAAGAGGGCCAACAGUUCCUAGGGGAACACAAGUAUUCCAAAGUGCUGCAAGGUCACGCUUAGCAGAACAGUCAAAAACAGAAAGAGGAAACUCAGUGACAAGUACAGAGACCUCACCCAGUCUCUGCCAACACCGUUGCCAAAGGUCACCAAUUUCUGAAUGUCACUUAUCAGAAGCAGACGCCAAAGGAGCAACCAAAGCAUACCUCACGGCUCCUGGGAAGGAGCAAAAGAGUCCAGGCAUUUCUGGGAUUGCCGAAGUAAAUUUUAUCCUUCCCACCAGAGAGGACCCUUUGUAUCCACCAAUCAAACAGAGUUUUUGAAAAAUCAGCAGUUGAAUUACCCCUAACAAAUAACACAGACUGAUACUCCCAUUAAUUCCUGAAAUGGAAAGAAUCUAGACUCACUGUACUGAAAACUGUUUGCUUUUCUAGUACCGAUAACCAAAAAUACUAGUUGACCCCAGCGUAUUUUUAGAGAGAACAUGAUACUCCUUUGACUAAAAAACAACAGUACUCUAUUUUGUUUUCUGAAAAACCUAUAUGCUUCAAGGAUGGUAGAAGAAUUUGCUGUUUCCUUAAACUGCUUUGUUUACAUUUUGAGAUCAGACAUUUUGCAUAACACAAUGCCACUGAAUUUAGAAUUAGAACACCUAGCUUAGUGAUAAUGGCAAUAUUCCUUGACUUCUCCAGAUUUUUCUUGUCUUUAGAAACAGGAUAAGAAUAUUACACUAUUCCUCUCACCUCUGAGAGAACACCAUGGGGAAAGCACUUUGUAAACUAUAAAGUGCUAUAUAAUUAUGAGCUGUGAUUAUUAAUAGUUAUUUAAAUAUUAGAAACGAUAAUGAAAUAUACCUACUGUUUGCUUCCCGAUGGAGAACUGACGGACUCAGAACAAAUUGAAGCAUAUUUUCUUCUUUUUCUUUUUUUUUCUUUUUGACAUGGCUAAUACAAGAAUUGUUUUUUGUAUGGCUAUACAUACCUUGUAACACAUAUUAUUUUUUCUUACCUUCUCAAUGGGUGGGGGAAGAGGAAGAGAAUUAAAAACUGAAAAUACAAUAAAGUUGAAAAUGCAUAAAUGAAAAUCUGUUUUU